UGUGGUUAGAUUUUCAUUGAGGUUAUGUUAUUUUUAUCGAAAAACUGAUAAAAUAAUGUUUUAAAAGAAAUUGAGAAUAGAAUAUACGCUAAAUAUGUCGUUCGCUACUGUUAGAUUGGGUUUUCUUCAUAAAACCAUACAGAAUUACAAUACUUUGUUGACUAGAUGCGCUGGAUACAAAAGUUCGAUUUCUUUGGAAACUUUGUAUCCUAAUAGCUCUUUGAAGCUGACUACACCUUCUUUUAAUCCUGAUCCUAAAGAGAAGUUCUCAGGAUUCAUCCCUAUUGAGAAAUUAGACAUCACAUACAGUGCUAGUUCCGGCCCAGGAGGACAAAAUGUCAAUAAGGUUCAUACAAAAGUGGAUUUGAGGUUCAAACUAAGUGAAGCAGAUUGGCUGCAUCCAGAUAUAAGACAAAAAUUAACAGAACUUCACGCCAAGAAGCUGACCAAGGAAGGCUACCUGAUAGUUCGCUCUGAUGUCACACGCUCACAGCAAUUGAAUUUAGCAGAUUGCAUGAGGAAGUUGAGAGAGAUGAUAAGAGAUGCUGCUGUUACUAAGAAAGAAGCUUCACCAGAGACACAGGAGAGGAUCAGACAGAGGCAUCUGAAGGCGGCGCGCAUGCGCGUGGCGAUCAAACGCGAGGAAUCCCUGAAGAGAGCGAUGAGGCAGCCGCCUGUGCUGGACUUAUGAUUCUUCUAUUAAAUUGGGCAUAUUGAACUGGAGCGUAGUUCAGCUCAGCAAGUGUAACACUCAGGUGAAGCAGUUCAUGCUUCACUUGAGUAUAUACACUUUACUGAAGUGAAUGCUGCGCCCUGGAUAGUAUUGUUUGACUCUGUUGAUUGUUGCAAGAGAAUGUAUUAGAUUAAUAAAUAAAUUUAUAGAUA